AGAGGUCCUAUAGGUAUAAGACGGUAUCUUCAGCCCACCCUCCCCUAUAUACGCGGAACAAGUAUAGAGAGGACGCGAGGGGCGAAUGAAUGAAACGCAGAAAAGGGAGGAAACGUUUGGCAGCCGAGACGCCCCAGGUCAACCAGGUGCGCGCUCGUCUCUCGUCUGCUGCCAGGAACCGCCACGGUGCGGAGCUAGAGAAGCGUAAUCGCGGGCGCGCGCGGACGCUCGAUUGACGAUCUGACGUAAAUUACGGUAUAGAAGAGAAUCCGAGAGACCGACGGUUAAGUCGCCACACCGCGCCGACCAGAGGGGAAUCCAUCGUCGCAGGUGAGACGAGGUGGGAGAUCGCGUGCUCGUCGUGUUCGCCAAGCAUUCGCGCGUGCACGGAGUUAAGCUCUGAGGCAGCUGAGCGACCGUGCGUAAUAUGUGUAUCGGUGAAACGACAACAAUAACAACGUCUACGGCGCGGCAACGACAGUGGCGAGUGUGUGACACGGUGACGGUGUAGAGUGCGGUGCGUGGCGUCGACGACCUGCCAGCGGACGAGGCACGGCGACACCUGCUCGCUAGAUACGUAGACGUGCGGCACCGCGGUGACGCGCGUACGGCAGAAGAAUAUUAAGUAACGGACGGACGUGUGCGUGCGUACGGCGCACCAAAAGCGAAGACGGCCAUACUCAAUAAACAACGGCCGAGCGGAGUGCGCGACUACUACGAGAGAUGAAGUAGAUAAUAGAGUAUCAGAAACGGAAGAGAAGGAGAGAAAGAGACAGAAAAAAGAGAGAGAGAGAGAGAGAGACUCCUCUUCGCGAACUACACGCAAGCGGGCCGCGCGCGUGAAGCUGCAGAACGGGCAGAGAGAGAGAGAGAGAGACGAAGAGAGAGAAUCGAGAAAAGAGAGACGAGACGACAAACGGAGGCGAAUCUGACGAAUUGAGCUGAGCCGAGCCGAAUCGAAUCGAAUCGCAGUCGGCGCGAGUGUAACCACGAUAAAUCGGUGCGCGAGGGCGAGCCAACAGCAGCAGCAGCAGCAGCAAUAACGAGUAGCGAGGAGCACACGAAGGAGCGGCCCGGAACGGGCGGAAGUGUGGGUCGUGCGUGCCUCUGCGUUCGUGCGGCGUGUACAGAGAGAACGUUGGAAAAGGGAUAGCAGACAGCGGCGGCGGCAGCAGCAGCAGCGGCGGCGGUGACGAGGACAACGACAACGACGACGGAGCAAGCAGAGGCGGCCGCGGCGGCGAACGGGGCACCGGUGAUCGAGCUUGGCGCGGGGGUCCAGUUGGUCGGCGGGAUGAGCGCCAAAACGGACGUCAACAGGCGGGUAUUAGCGAUCCAGGCGAAGAAGAAGCGGCACAAGCCCAGCAAGCGCAAAGGCAAGACCUCGAAUUCUCAAAGCGAGCAGGACGCACAGAGCUCGAAAGGGUCGCGUGCCGGUCAGGUAGCGGCUACUGCGACCACCACCACAACCACCGCCACCACAACCACCGCCACCACCUUUACUACCACCACUACCACCAGGUGGUACGAGGACGCUUUGGACGGACUCCCGCAGCGCGCCUAUAACAGCGACAAUGGGACCAGAUUGGUACCAUGUCAUAGUUCCAGCAAUGAAACGAUAGAAGACGAUGAUGCGUUCAGUACUGAGGAUGAAGAGCAGGAGGAUAGCAGUGACUACUGUAAAGGCGGAUAUCAUCCUGUGAAAAUAGGAGAUCUCUUUUUAAAUCGCUAUCAUGUCACUCGUAAGCUUGGCUGGGGUCACUUCUCCACUGUAUGGCUCUGCUGGGACUUGCAGGAUAAACGUUUUGUGGCGCUUAAAAUAGUGAAAUCCGCAUCCCAUUUCACUGAGACUGCAUUGGAUGAAAUUAAAUUAUUAAAAGAUGUGCGCGAUACAGAUCCCACCGAUCCUAAGCGCAAUAAGACCGUCCAAUUGCUCAAUGACUUCAAGAUCAGCGGCAUUAACGGCCUGCAUGUUUGCAUGGUAUUUGAAGUGCUUGGACAUAAUCUUCUUAAAUUGAUUAUCAAGUCAAACUACAGAGGAAUUCCAAGAAAUAACGUUAAACGCGUCAUCAGACAAGUUCUCGAAGGUCUCGACUAUCUUCAUAAUAAAUGUAAAAUUAUUCAUACAGACAUUAAACCUGAAAAUGUUCUUGUAUGCGUCGAUGAGAUUUAUAUACGAAAAUUAGCUUGUGAAGCAACAGAGUUGCAUUCUAUGGGAGCGAAGUUACCGGUGUCUCUGAUUUCUACCGCGCCGAAGGAGUUUCAAGAACCGAUACCAAAUUCCAAAAUGUCUAAAAACAAGAAGAAGAAGUUAAAGAAGAAAGCCAAGCGCCAGAACGAGCUCUUGAAAAAGCAAAUGGAGCAAAUCGAGGAGUUAGAGGAACAAAUUAAACUUGCGAACAGUAUGAGAGAAAACGGGGAAGUUGAAACGAAUAGUCUAGACCAAGAUCUCAAUACAGAGAGCGUAGAGGACAAUACGGAGAGCAAAGGUUCUCCGGAUAUCUCGGAGCCAUCAGCACCUUCUUUACAUAUGAAUGGAGUAGAUGGUUUAGCGGGCGGUGAAAAGAUACAAAAUCCAUCGCCCGAACAAUCUGAAAAGAUGGACAAUAUCACUUUAUGUGAUUUGGAGAAAAGCUGUGGCGAAGGUGUAUUAUCACCUGAUCCUGAUGACACUGACGAAUGUAGCGAAGGUCGUAGAUCAUUAAAUCCACCGGAAAGUAAGCAAUUGAAACGAGCAUCCAUGUCUCCUUUGGAUCCUGCUAUAAUGGACUGCGAAAUAGAAGUAAAGAUAGCAGAUCUUGGAAACGCUUGCUGGGUGCAUAAAAAAUUCACGGACGAUAUUCAAACUCGUCAGUAUAGGUCACUCGAGGUUCUAUUAGGUUCUGGAUAUGAUACCUCUGCCGAUAUAUGGUCUACCGCUUGCAUGGCGUUUGAAUUGGCGACUGGCGAUUACCUCUUUGAACCGCACAAUGGCAAAGACUAUUGCAGAGAUGAAGAUCACUUGGCCCAUAUUAUCGAAUUGCUGGGAGAAAUACCAAGACGUAUCGCUCUCUCGGGGAAAAACUCAAGGAUAUACUUCAACAGGAAGGGUGAAUUAAAGCAUAUUACCGGAUUGAAACCAUGGGGUCUAUACGAAGUAUUAACAGAGAAAUACGAGUGGACGUCGAGCGAAGCACGCGAGUUCGCAGAGUUCCUAAUACCGAUGCUCGAGUUCAAUCCGAGCAUGCGAGCUACCGCAGCUGAGUGCCUGAAGCAUCCGUGGCUGCAAAUCAAAAAGUGAUCGCGUUUUUUAUUGUUUUAUCUGUAAUAUCCCUUCAACUUUCACCCGGUCCUACCGCCCAGUCGUAAUCGUAAAUCGAGAGUGUGAUAGGAAGCCGAAAACACUUGUCAAUGUCAGGUGUUAUUUCCGUACUGAAAAUCAUAAUUUAAUGACCCAAUUUGCAUACGAAGAACAAGUGCAUCGUUUCAAGAGCGCGUACACAUACACAUAUAUAUACACACUAGAAAACUGUUUGAUAUAAUAUGAAUUACGGAAAUAAAUUGUAACAUACGUUGUUAUAUUAAUCAUACGCUACAAGCGUGUCUCCGCGUGGGUACGAUGUUACGAAACUGAAAACGUUUCGAAAAGAUUGUUAUAUACCCUUUACAAAUGGUGAUUUGACAAUAUUGCGGAAGUCGCCUCUCGAAUGCAGCGAGCGAAGUGUCGCAAAAUCCGGAAAUUGUUAGAGAAGAAGAUCUUGCAACAUUCCGCUGAUUUCCACGUAAAAAGAAAACGGCCGCGCGCGUGCUUCCUAACGUAACACUCUCAACACAUCGGCUGACCAUUUGUAGUUGUACACUUGUUA